AUGAGCUGGUUUUCCAUCCUCCCAUCGGACUGGACCAACGUUGAGGCAUGGCUCACUCGCUUCUUUCUGAUGCUUGCGCUCCUCACGAUCGGGCCAUGGGUCGUCAUCCUCGCGUACGACGUCCUCUUGUAUAUCCUACGCUUCAUCAUGUACGAGAUCCCCGUCGUGGGUGGUCGCGCGCGCGGGCGACAGCGUCCGACAGCACCGAGCCUUACGGAGCGACCGGACGGGGAGCGGCGGGACCUCAGUUUACCGAGAGCGCCG